AUGUCUGUUGAUCUAUGUGAUGCGGUCUAUAUCGACGACCGAUUUGGGACGGAAAGAUGGGUCUAUAGAGACGAGUUACUCGAGCGUGAAGCUGCGGGUGAACUUGCCGUCAUUUUUCCAGAUGAACCAGAGAGGUUACAGUCGACAGUGAGAGUACUAUUCAAUGUCUGCAAGCGAAUCUACCUCUGUCACUCCAACCAAACCUUUGCAGCCGCCCUUGCCGAUUUGAACGAUCGAAGUGGACCAGAAUGCACACCUAUUUUUGCUUUUAUCGAUGUUGAGUCUACAGGUGGAGCGCGGCGACAGGAAAGUCGCGAAUUUGAAGGAAGCUUGACGCUGGAUUCGGCGACCCCUUUCUCUGGCCGGUUCACCUUUUCUUCGGAAUACUCUGAUUCGUACGGAGUUCAAUUACUAGCCCUGUUGGCGUCAGAUCUGCAACUACAAGAUGGUCCCAAACUCAUAACGCCUAUUGCCAUGAUGCGAACACCAGAAGGUUUGGGGGAAGAGGCCGAAAAACUACAGUGUUCUCAACUCUCGCAGAAGCUGUGCGCUACAUCGCUAGCGUUGCCGAGUUUGCCGUCACGUUGUAUAGAUGCAGGCGCUGCAGAUGUACUAUGCCAACCGUUACAGGAGGCUCGUGUUCAAGGACUUCUUGUGCAUGCUUAUCGAGUUCGUCGAACUGCACGAAAAGAAAUGACACGGUUUCUAUCUAUCAAAAAAUCUAGGAAGCAAUCGUGGGUUGGUGUUAACGCCGAAAAGCCAUAUUCAUACAUACGGGAGGCAAUGGUAUCGAAACUGCUCGAGUCGAUAUGCCAUCCUGACCAGGUCAUUGAAGAAUUUCAAUACGGGGAACUAAACAUUUCGGCCGAACGAAAAGAGAUGAUAGAGCGCGAGGUUGGCGUAUGGAGGUUUCCGGUUCAUCACCUUACAGACGACGAACUUGUGUACGCCGCAUGCACGAUGAUUGGACAUGCGAUGACAAUGCCCGAAGUAGGACCUUGGCGGUUAACAAAAGGCGAACUCCAAACCUUUUUGCUUGCCAGUCGGGCAGCGUACAACUCAUUUGUUCUCUAUCACAAUUUCCGCCAUGCAGUCGACGUUCUCCAAUCGGUUUUCUAUAUUCUCAUCAGAAUUGGCGCCCUUCCUACUUACGACAUAUCCAACACAAACACAUCUCCUUCGAAAUCCCCAGUAGCGUCACUGAUUACACCUUUUGAUGCUUUGUCACUCUUGAUCGCAGCAAUCGGUCACGAUGUCGGCCACCCUGGCGUGAACAACGUAUUCCUAGUCAAACUGAAUGCUCCGCUUGCCCAGCUAUAUAACGACAGCUCUGUUCUGGAAGCAUUUCAUUGUGCUGCCUUUUCCCAGAUUUUACGUCGUCACUGGCCUGCCGCUUUUCACGAUGCCAAAAUGCGGAAAUUGCUCAUUAGUUCGAUCCUUGCAACUGACAUGGGCGUACACUUCACAUUUAUGGGUCGCAUGGCUGAGUUGCAACGCAAAUGUGAAGAGAACAGUGACAUUACGUCGUGGACACCACAGGAUCGCGACACUUACAAAACUCUCGUGUGCGGGCUGAUUAUUAAAUGUGCUGACAUCAGCAAUGUGGCCCGACCCUGGAAGAUCGCAGAACAGUGGACUAACCUCCUACAAGAGGAAUUCGCUCAUCAAGGUGAGAUGGAAAAGGAAAUUGGUAUGGAAACGGCACUCUUUGGUGGACCACCUGAACUAGGCAACAUACACAAACUGUCACUUGGCCAAAUCAACUUUAUGUCAAUCUUUGCCUUACCUUUGUUCGAGGGAGUUGCUGGGCUCUGUCCGGAAAUAAUCAGCACUGUCAAACACAUCAAACUGAACAGAGCCAGAUGGCAAGAGGUGGCUAAUGACGAAGAAACACGAAUGACGCCUACCUCGAGCGGGGAACGUUCUCCCCGAUCUCUUAGUCCUCCCAGACGUGAGAGCCUCAAGGUCUCUACGGUACAAGAAAACGAUGUUUCCACAGAUCGAGAUGCGAAUGCUCACAUUAUUCUGGAUGAACCUCCCGAGCUUACAAACACAGCACCAUCACUGACCGUCCAGAAGGAUUACGCAAAUGAUCACAUAGACUUGUCGCAAACCACGAUCGCGGGUUUCAGUACUUCAGCCAAUGGAACGGUUAAGGAUGAACCGUCUUCAGAGUCUCAAUCAAGCGAUGAUGGUGACAGCAAUACGGGUGAUUCAUCAGGCGCCACUUUGAUGACACACAGUAAAGCCCACUAUGAUCGAGCAUCUUCGUCUGAUCAAGCAUCGCGUCCAACGAGCUCUUAUGGUGUCGGCAGGGACACAAGAACGCAGAGCGCAAGUACUACAACGAAUACGGUAGCAACCCCUGUAUCCCCUGCUACAAAUGCAACCAGUUUUGUUACAUUAGAUAGCAGCGACGACAAGGAAAGCCGCGGGAGUGGAUUGAGCAGUGCAAGUGAUGUAUAUCCGCUUGACGACAAUCAUUCGCGUCCAUCCUCAUCGGGAUUGUAUGGAAAACGUCUCCAACCAAACGGUCAUGUUAUUCCUCCGAAACCACGCUCAUCUCAGGGGUUUGAGGAGUUUGGAAAAUCUCACCACUUGAUGACGGCAAUUCUGGGAAACAGUGGUAACGAUCAUGACCACGCGGAAGAGAAACUUCGGACUUCACAUCGUUCGCAUGAGCAACUUACAUCUGCGCCUCGUCACGAACUUCCACGGAAAAGAAGCCGACUAAGGUUGGCAUUUUGGAGACGGAAGUCCUAGAUCGGUGGGAUGGGUAGAAUGGUGCACUUGGGAUUAUGGAAGGUCUUCAAUCGAGCGUUCGAGCAUUUUGGGAUUUCGGCUGGUUGCGGUUAUGAUUGAUCGGAUUAUAGAAUUGGAUAUUGGCGUUCAGGGCCGAGUCGAUAUACGUUUCAACUAUCUGUCGCUUUCGACGUGAUUCGAUAGUUUCAUUCCUUACUCUUUCUUUUCUCCGCGAGGACAUGGACAAGGUCGCCAAAAGGAAGCUUAACGAUGAAUAGGCGAUCGUUGUUGGAUGUAAUGAUCUACGAUUCGGACUUUCGUUAUGUGUGGAAUUUGUACCAACUUGAUAUUUUUCAAAACGAAGCGAAACUGGGGCGGAUGAUACCAUUGCUAUAUUGUUGUGCAUUGGAUGGUAUUUUGCAUCGGCGUCAUUUCGUUCGUUAUUUCUCUGUACAGUGCCGAGUCAGGGCGGGUAUUGUGAUUUGAGCGUGCAUUUUCUUGUUGAUAUAUCCCCUUUCUUGGAUUGUUAUGAUCUUGUCUAUAUAGAAAUCUCUAUAUCAAUUGAAUAGGCAUUGAUAAAACUUACCUAUGAUG